UGUAUUAUAAAGGGAGAACGGACAGUUCAUUACAACCAAAGCGCCGCAUAUAUUGGCCCAAAAAUAACAAAUCUGAUUUUUUUUUUGUCCGGCCUUUGUCCGGUCUUACGCUGGAGCUGUAGAGGAAGAAGAAACGUUAUGGGGGGAGUUUAUAACAGAGAUGCAGUACCUUAACUUCAUCACAACUCCCCUGUCCUCAUAUCAUUGUGUAGCCUAGCAAGGACAGCGAGGGCCAUCACGCUAAACCAUUAUGACGGGUACGACAGAUUUCAGCCAUGCCAUGGGCGAUAUUGAAACCAACGGCGCCGAUUACGAAUAUGAUGAGGGUUAUACAGACGAGGUCUGUAACAAGAACGGCGUUGUCAAGUUUGGCUCCAUCGCCACCCCUGCCUUCUUCUCUGUGGUGACUAUCCUGAGUCUAGCGGGCAACAUCCUGGUCCUGGCCAUCCUGGCCAAGUACGAGAACCUCAAGUCUCUCACCAACAUCUUCAUCCUCAACUUGGCCCUAUCUGACCUGGUUUUCACCUUUGGUCUGCCCUUCUGGGCAGCCUACCACAUCUGGGGCUGGACCUUUAGCCUGAUCCUCUGCAAGACCGUUACCUUUGUCUUCUACGCUGGCUUCUACAGCAGCGUUUUGUUCCUGACCAUCAUGACUAUCCACCGCUACCUGGCCGUGGUGCAUCCUCUGUCCGACCAUGGUUCCCAAAGGGGCUGCUACGGGGUCACAGUCUCUCUCAUCAUCUGGGUUGUUAGUUUUGUGGCGGCCGUUCCUGCUUUGAUUUUCAGCUCUGUCCAAAAGAACCCCCAUGAAGAAGACAACCAUUUUUACUGUGAAUACUGGGAUCCGCUGUGGAAGAGAGUGGGCAGCUACCAACAGAACAUCUUCUUCUUGGCUGCUUUUGCAGUGAUUGGGUUCUGCUACAUGAGGAUAUUGAGGACAAUCUUCAAGUCAAGGUCACACAUGAGGAAUCGUACCGUGAAGCUGAUCUUCAGUAUCGUGGCAGUAUUUUUCAUUGGCUGGGCGCCUUACAAUGUGGUGAUAUUUCUGAGGUUGUUGACUGACUACUCCGUAGCACCUUUCAAUACUUGUGAGGUCAGCACAUGGCUUGACUAUGGGUUCUAUGUGUGUCGACUGAUUGCUUUCUCCCACUGCUGUCUCAACCCUGUCUUCUACGCAUUUGUUGGGAUUAAGUUCAGAAAUCACUUGAAGGUGAUCUUGCUGAAGCUUUGUCAUCACCAAAGCACCAUGGAUACACAACAGAUUAGAUUACCUAACAUUUACUCGAUGGGAUCAAUGUACUAGCACAGGGGUCUUCAAUAUUUUCUUGCCCAGGGACCCACGCCAGGCAAACCGGCGACCCCAAAUAAGUCACAUCUUGUCAAAUCAAAAUCUAAUUUAUUGGUCACAUACACGUGUUUAGAAGAUAUUAUUGCGGGUGUAGUGAAAUGCUUGUGCUUCUAGCUCUGACAGUGCAGUAAUAUUUAACAAGUAAUAUCUAACAGUUUCACAACAACUACCCAAAAUACACGUAAAUCCAGUACAGUUUAUAGUACAGUUUAUACAUAUGAGAUGGGUAAUACAAUAUUUACACACAAUUAAAGCGACUAAGAUAUUGUAGAAUAGUAUAGAGUACUGUUUAUACAUAUGAGAUGGGUAAUACAAUAUUUACACACAAUUAAAGCGACUAAGAUAUCGUAGAAUAGUAUAGAGUACUGUUUAUACAUAUGAGAUGGGUAAUACAAUAUUUACACACAAUUAAAGCGACUAAGAUAUCGUAGAAUAUUAUAGAGUACAGUUUAUACAUAUGAGAUGAGUAAUGCACUAUUUACACACAAUUAAAGUGACUAAGAUAUCGUAGAAUAGUAUAGAGUACAGUUUAUACAUAUGAGAUGAGUAAUGCAAUAUUUACACACAAUUAAAGUGACUAAGAUAUUGUAGAAUAGUAUAGAGUACAGUUUAUUCAUAUGAGAUGAGUAAUGCAAUAUUUACACACAAUUAAAGUGACUAAGGGACUUAUAAUGUAAGAUACAGAGACAUUAUUAAAGUGGCUCGUGUUUCAUUUCCUUAAAGUGGCCAGCGAUUCAGCCUCUGAUGUGCUGGAGAUGGCUGUUUAACAGUCAGUGGUGUAGUAUAUAUACAGUAUAUACAUAUGAAAUGUGUGACGCAAUAUGUAAAUCCAAUUUAAAAGUGACUAAGAUACCGUAGAAUAGUGUGGAGUGCAGUUUAUACAUAUGAGAUGAGGAGUGCUAGAUACGGAAACAUUAUUUAAGUGGCUAGUGAUCCAUUUCUAAAAGUGGCCAGUGAUUCCUAAUCUAUGUCUAUAGGUAGCCGCCUCUGAUGUGCUUGUGAUGGCUGUUUAACAGUCUGAUGGCCUUGAGAUAGAAGCUGUUUUUCAGUCUCUCGGUUGCAGCUUUGAUGCACCUAUACUGACCUCGCCUUCUGGAUGAUUGAGGGAAUAACAGGCAAUGGCUCGGGUUGUUGAUGUCCUUGAUGAUCUUUUUGGCAUUGUUAGAGCUACAUGUGCCCUUAGCUGUCUAGGAGGGCGGGAAGUUUGCCCCCGGUAAUGCGUUGGGCAGACCGCACCACCCUCUGGAGAGCUUUGCGGUUGUGGGCGGUGCAGUUGCCGUACCAGGCAGUGAUACAGCCCGACAGGAUGCUCUCAAUUGUGCAUCUGUAAAAGUUUGUGAGGGUUUUAGGUGUUAUGUCAAAUUUCUUUAUCCUCCUGAGGUUGAAGAGGCGCUGUUGUGCCUUCUUCACCACACUCUGUGUGGGUGGCUGCCCACUCAUAUCAUCAGGUUUUGUAAGGGCGCAGCUUUGGGUUUAGAAAUGGGGGGACCAGUGGAGGCUCCUCAGAGGAGGAAGGGGAGGACCAUCCUCUUAGUGAAUUUCAUAAAAAUAAAAAUGGUAAAGCAUUGAAAAAGUUAUCCUUUUUAGAUAAAACGAUACCACAUAAAUAUUCACAUUUCACCAAAUAAUUGAUUAAAGUACACUGUUUUGCAAUGAAGGUCUACAGUAGCCUCAACAGAAGUCAAUAUACCAAGAGGAGGACGGAAGCUAGCUGUGCUCCGGCUCCACCAUGUUGCUACCUUGCAGAGUGCUGUUGAGGCUACUAUAGACCUUCAUUGCAAAACAGUGUGUUUUAAUCAAUUAUUUGGUGACGUGAAUAUAUUUAGUAUAGUUUUAUCUAAAAAGGAUAACUUUUACAAUGUCUUAACAUUUUUAUUUUUAUGAAAUUCACUGAGAAGGAUGGCCCUCCCCUUCCUCCACUGAGGAGCUUCCACUGUUCUACACAAUCUAAUAUGACCCUUUUGGGGUCAUUUUGAGGUCACUUUUAUUAUAAAUAAGAAUAGAAUAUGUUCAGGGCCUAAAAUAAAUACCUGCCAAAUGCGGGUAGAUUUCUGGCAUUGGCGGAUAGAUAAGAUGUCUAUUUCACUAGCCACAUUGGCGGGUGGGCAGGGCUCCACAGUGUGACCAUUUCACUCGCAUUUGUGAAUAAAAAUAGUCAAGUAUGAUAACAAAAACAGCAGUAGCUGUUUCAAAGUAGUUCUGCCGGUUUGUUUCAUACCUGGUAAAUUAAAUCGCACAAAGUCAAAGAACUACCUAUCCAAUAUAGCCUAUGCCACCACGCGCUGCAACACUGCUUGGCUGGGGGCUGUGGGCAUAUGAAGAUCUGAGUGAAAGAUUCAUUUUUAGAAACAGGCAUAAAAGUUGGCCUAAUUUACUUUUUUAGCCCUUCUGUGGUGUUCGGGUCUGUGGGACCCAUUUUCAAUGUCUAUUAAAAUAAAAAUUAUACAAUUAAUCAUUUUUCCAAGCUGAGA